GGGGCCUCGGGCAACAGGCGGCGACCCACCACUGGGCAGGGGCCUUGGGCAACGGGCGGCAAUCUACCCCUGGGCAGGGGUCUUGGGCAACAGGUGGCAACCUACCACUGGGCAGGGGUCUCGGGCAACAGGCGGCAACCUACCACUGGGCAGGGGUCUUGGGCAACAGGGACACCCCAGGUAGCUAUACUCCGGGCACACCAUGGGGCGGUUCAAGUAAGGGUAGUAUAGGCGUGUAGUAGGGCAAUGCCUAACCCAAGUGGUCUGUGCGCACAACAGGGACAGUUCAGGACACGGGUGGUCAGUGCACACAGCGGGGCAGUUUGGAACAUGGGUGGUCGGUGCACACAGCGGGGACAGUUCAGGACACGAGUGGUCGGUGCACACACCGUGGACAGUUCAGAACACUGGUGGUCGGUGCACACAGCAGGCACAGUUCAGGACACAGGUGGUCAGUGCACACAACAGGGACAGUUCAGGACACGGGUGGUCGUUGCACACAGCGGGGACAGUUCAGGACACUCACAGUAAGCAGCUUGCAGACCCUCAGCGGCAGGCGGCUCCAGACAGGGACGACCAGCGGUGAGCAUUCCAGGGACAACCAGCGAUCAGCAGACAGCAGCAGCUAACAGGGCACUCAGCAGCGGACGGCUUCCGGGGACCCGCGGCCAUGGACA